GAUAUCAUCAAGUGAAGGCACUCCAGUCGAAGUAAUUAGUUGUCCGUUAUAUGAAGAUAAACGUGUUCCGGGUGGUAAUUUUGAUGAAUUAAUUGUUCCGCUCACACUUUGUGACGCUUUUUUCUUGAAGGAACUGGGUUUAUCAUGGAUAGCUAAUGAUGAUGAAUUGGAUAAAUUAAAUGAUGGUGGUGUGGGUUAUGAUGAUAAUGAAAGAUCUAAUGAGGGGGAAGAAAAGAUGACUAUUGCUUGGAGAUAUAAAAAGCUGAAAAAAUUUGAAUCGGGAAUUAAUAGUAAUGUUAAGAAGGAAAAACCAUUUUGUCAGUCUUUUGAUUUAACAAAAUCAAUUCCACAAUCCGCGAUUGAUUCAGCAUCAAUGACAUUAAUUGAUUCAUGUACAUGGGACAAUGAAUAUAAGAAUCCAUUUAAUAAACUUUUGUCCAUGAUUCGUAAAGUUGUGGAUAAAAAUUUCAGAUCAGUAGUUUCCACUCAAGGUAUUGAGCAACGAAAUAUAUUGAGAAUUGGAAUACAUUCUAUUGCUUCACCUUCUUGGCAGUCCAAUUCUCCUCAA